ACACACCAUGAUUAGGACCCUGCUGCUGUCUGCUUUGGUGGCUGGAGCCCUCAGUUGUGGGGUCCCCACUUACCCGCCUUCUGUGACUAGGGUGGUUGGAGGUGAAGAAGCGACGCCCAACAGCUGGCCUUGGCAGGUCUCCGUGCAGUACACCUCCAAUGGCAAUUGGUACCACACCUGCGGAGGGACCCUGAUAAACAACAACUGGGUCCUGACAGCUGCCCACUGCAUCAACUCCUCCAGGACCUACCGCGUGGUGCUGGGACGGCACAACCUCGACAUUGCGGAGUCCGGCUCGCUGGCCGUCAGGGUCUCUAAGACUGUGGUGCAUCCGGACUGGGACUCCAGCGAUGUCUCCAAUGGGUACGACAUUGCCCUGCUCAAACUGGCUAACCCCGUCUCCCUCACUGACAAGAUCCAGCUGGCCUGCCUCCCUCCUGCCGGUGCCAUUCUACCCAACAACUACCCCUGCUACGUCACGGGCUGGGGAAAUCUGCAGACCAACGGCACUCUUCCUGAUGUCCUGAAGCAGUGCCGGUUGCUGGUUGUGGACUAUGCCACCUGCUCCAGCUCUGGCUGGUGGGGCAGCACUGUGAAAACCUGUAUGAUCUGUGCUGGGGGUGAUGGCGUGAUCGCCAGCUGCAAUGUGAUGGCAAAUAACUAA